AUGAUGAGCUGGCAGGACAUUUUCAAAGAGAAGCUUGCAGAAAUGCACGUAACAGAGCAGUGGACACUUCAGGAGGAUGACACCCUGAAGGCGAAGGUCCUCAGUCCUCACUGGAAGGAGUUUGUGCAGCGCCGUGCUCUUGGGAGAUUUCAGUGCUCCCAGUGCUGUCACAAAUGGACGUCGGCCAAAGUGCUCAUCCUGUUCCACAUGCGCCAGUGCCCAGGCUGGGGCAUAACACGGAUGCGAGUCUUUCGCCAGGAAUGCAGGCGCUGCCCCAGCCCUCAGCUGGAGUAUCCUGAGUUCAGCCUGGAGACUGUGGAGAGGAUUCUGCACAAUCUGGUGGUAAAGAUCCUCCAGUAUUUCUACAAUAAGCCUGUCCAGUCCUCCGAUCUCCUGGAAGUUGCGGUGGAUAUACCAGUGACGGGGCCGCACAACAGUGCCCGCUGCGAGGCCUGCAGGCUCGGCAUUUGCAACAAGUCACGGCAGGCCCCGGCACUGGAUACCUGGAAGACCUGGAAGGCCUUGAGGGAUGCCUGGAAGGCCUUGAUGGAUGCAGACAAGGACAGGACCCAUCACACCAAGUCAAGCCCAGCCCCGGAAUGUGUUGACAGGGAGUGCUUGUUAGAUGCAGAUGGGUCCCUGAAACACCAGGGCUCAGGGCCCCACACAGCCUCGAUCCACUGCCCCUCACGCUGCAGUAGCAACUUCCCCUGGAAACGCUGCUGCUGCAUUGGCAGCUCUUUGCUCUUUGUUUUGGCAAUGAUCAUCUUCUUUGUGGUUUAUUUCACCAGGAUGUAGUGGGACCUGGGGAUUGCAAAGAAGAGUUGAGGUGAUGGCUUGAGGAGCUGAUGGAGCGCCUGGAAAACUGGCUUAUGGCUCAGCUAGGCUCUCCUGGCAUGGGAGGCUCUCCUGGUGGCGUGGGAACACAUCAGGAUGCCUCAGCCAGGCACCUUGUCCCAAAGCCUUGGGGAAGCUGGUGGGUGUGAUGCUUUCUUAGGGAAUAUGUUCCGUAUGUGGAUAACUCUCAG